AUGCUGCGGUGGUGCCUACUGCGAUUGUACCACAUAUUUACACUGGUGCUGUGCAUUUCAGCGAGGGAGGACUUUGACUGGACAAAGAGUGAAAGAACAUCUUUCUUUUAUGGGACCUUCCCAACAGGUUUCACCUGGGGGGCUGGCAGUUCUGCUUAUCAGACAGAAGGGGCUUGGAAUGUCGAUGGAAAAGGGAUGAGCAUCUGGGAUGCAUUUUCCCAUAAAAAGGGAAAAAUAUUCCAAAACGAAACUGGAGAUUCAUCAUGUGACGGUUUCUACAAAUUUAAGGAGGACAUUAACUUAAUGAAGGAGAUGAAGUUGAAUCAUUAUCGUUUCUCCAUCUCCUGGCCAAGAAUUUUACCAACCGGGCUCAAAGGUGAAUACAUCAAUGAAAAAGGAAUAAAAUAUUACAAUGGCCUGAUUAACAUGUUGCUGGAAAAUAAGAUCACUCCCAUUGUUACUUUGUAUCACUGGGAUUUACCACAGGUCUUGCAGGAGAAAUAUGGCGGCUGGCAGAACAUCAGCAUGGUCAACUACUUCAAUGACUUUGCCAAUUUAUGCUUCGAAAGGUUCGGCAGCCGAGUGAAGUAUUGGAUCACAUUCAACAAUCCCUGGUCGAUUGCUGUGGAGGGAUAUGAAACGGGGGAACAUGCACCAGGUUUGAAGAUGAAAGGAACGGGAGCUUAUAGAGCUGCACAUCAUAUCAUCAAGGCACAUGCAAAGGUUUGGCACACAUACGACACAGGAUGGAGGAGCAAACAGAAAGGUCUAGUUGGCAUCUCGCUGACAGCUCACUGGGGUGAACCAGUGGACACCAGCAACCAGAGGGACAUUGAAGCAGCAGAGCGAUACAUCCAGUUCUACUUGGGAUGGUUUGCCACACCAAUCUUCAAUGGAGACUACCCUCAGGUUAUGAAAGAUUACAUUGGCAGGAAGAGUGGCCAGCAGGGCCUCGGAGCUUCGCGGCUUCCCGUAUUCUCGGCGCAGGAAAAGAGUUACAUCAAGGGCACGUGUGACUUCCUGGGCCUCGGCCACUUCACGACUCGCUAUGUCACACAAAAAAAUUAUCCAUCAAGCAUUGGAGACAGCUACCUCGCAGAUCGUGACCUGGCAGAGCUGGUUGACCCAAAGUGGCCUGACCCUGGCUCUGAAUGGCUCUAUUCUGUGCCCUGGGGCUUCAGACGCUUGUUGAACUUUGUCAAGAGUCAGUAUGGAAACCCAAUGAUCUACGUGACAGAGAACGGUGUAUCAGAGAAGACGCUGUGCACUGACCUCUGUGAUGACUGGAGGAUGCAGUACUUCAAAGAUUACAUCAAUGAGAUGCUUAAAGCUAUAAAGGACGGGGUGAAUGUGAAGGGCUACACUGCCUGGUCUCUCCUGGAUAACUUUGAGUGGGAUGAAGGCUACUCUGAGAGAUUUGGGCUCUACUAUGUCGACUUCAGGAACAAAAAUAAACCACGCUAUCCAAAGGCUUCAGUCCAGUACUAUAAACGCAUCAUCCGCUCUAAUGGCUUUCCCAAUCAGAGAGAGGUGGAGAGUUGGAAGAGGAAAUCAAUAGAGACGUGUUCUUCCAGUAACCAGCUCCUGGCAGCAGAUCCACUGAUAGGCCACAUGGAGAUGGUGACAGAGAUCGUGGUUCCUACUGUGUGUACACUGUGCAUCCUGCUCAGUGCAGUCUUCCUCAUGUUCCUGCUCCAAAGACACUUCUGA